UGAAGCAUAUUUAUAUUUAGAAAAUAGAGAAUAGUAAUUUUUCACAAACUAACAAAAGCGAAUCCAAAUCGGGAUAAAGUUAUAGUGCGAAAUGCCUGCAAAUUUGAGACCUUCUACAAAUGGUAAUACCACAGAGGAUUGGCAAGUAUUCGAAGUCUUGUGCAGUGGCCAAGAGAAGAAUUCUCUGAAACAAUCAGCAAUGUCACCUGUGAAACAAACCCAUUCAAGUUGCCAGCUGGACACAUCAUGCGGCAAUACUGGAAUCACAGUAACCGAACACCAUCAUGGCAUAGAUAUGACUACAACAUUGCGUAGUGAAUUGGCUGCUCUGUCUUACAAACGAGAGCGUUUAACUAGCGAGCUCGCCGAAACCCGCACCGCUUUGUGUAGCAAGGAUGCAGAAAUAGAGAAUUUGCGUUCGCAGGCUGCGCGGCAAACAGCCUUGAUAGGGUCCUUGCAGAGUCGUCUUCAGAACUCGGAAAGUCGUGAGCAAGCAGUGCAAGCGCGUUGUGAUUCCACGAUCACCACAGUCCAGCGAGAGAAACGCAGCUCGGAUGAAAGAAACAAGGAAUUGAUAUGCAAGAUACAGCAUUUGGAAACCCAGUUGGCCAACGAGGAGUCCCACAAGGAGCAGGCCAAGGCACAACUCCAUGAUCUUUUGCGACGGCUCAGCGUCUGCCUGGGAUUGGAUGUGUGCGAGAAUAAUCAGAAUUCCCAUGCCACACCCGAGUGUGUGAUUUCUAGAGCCGAGGAGGUAAUGAUUGAAUGGCAACGAGCCAAAGCAAAGGUCAGCUCCACCUGCGACACUCUGAGUUCGUGUGAAAAUGAAUUACUUAAUCUGAAAUCCUUGGCCAAUAUCGAGAAGCAACGUCUGACGGCUCAACUAGAUGGUGCGGGCAAUCAUAAUCACGAGCUGGAGGGUCGUUGUAGGCAAUAUGAGCGCGACCUUCAGAUUCAAAGAGACCGGCUAACCGAAUCCGAAAUCAAUGCCGAGAAGAUGAAGGAGGAACUGCGUGGCUUUGAAUCACGUUGUCAUCGCUUGCAGAACAAUCUGGAUCGUAUUCAAGGGGAUCGUUUACAGUUCUUGAGAUGCCUCAGUAAUAUGCUAAAUGUGCCUGAACCUUGUGAGACUCUGAUCAAAGAUAAGUUGAGGGAGACUUUGGUCGAAAAUCAGGCCAUGCAGGCGCAAAUGCAUUCUUUGCGAGAUCAGUUGUCCUGCGAGCAUGAGAAGUUAAAGGAGACCCAACAAUCGAAUGAGUGCCGUUUGCGUACAGAUGAAGUUCAGAAAUGUGAGUUAACUGAACGGCUUGAGAAAUGCCACGCAGAGAUCCAUACAUUGCGAAAGGAUCACAUGGGUUUGUCUGAGUUCCUGCAACGUCUGGCAUCAGCCAUGAGUUGGAGUGAGUGCUCCUCCCCACCCGCUCUGGGCAAUGAUACCAAUCUGAUGGCUGAGAGCCUGCUGGAGCGAGCCGAACGUCUCACCGCCCACUGUGAGCAUGAGACGCCGCCGCAUCAUCAUCAUCACACGCCGGAGAAGAACUGUUGUGCUGAUCAUCAUCAUCCACACCAUCAUCAUCAUGGAAAUGGCAAGCUGCGACGCGAAAGAUCCUGUCAUGAUAUACCUCUCAAGGAGAGUAGUAGUGUAUACAACUUACAGCGUCGGGUUCGUGUCCUUAGAGAGCAGGUGCAACGUCGGGACUUACACUUGGAACUACUACGACGGAAAUUGGCCAUCAUUGAGGAUGGAGCUAGGGGCAAAUGUAUGUUACAGGGUGAGAGAGACGAGGCUGUUUGUCGGGCCAAAAAAGCUGCCAAACAGGUGGAUAAAUUGAGUGCCCAAUUGGCCGAUGCCCGAUCACAAAUAGCUGAGGUCAAGGCCCAACUGGCCGAGGCAGUGGAGUACAAGAUUACCUCUCUGGAGAGGGCAAGAAAAAUCGAUGAGCUGACCACACAGAUAUGCGACUUGGAAGAUGAAAAGACUCGCCUAUUAUCACAGUUGAAUGCCAUGAAGGAGAGGAUUAAGUCCAGUUGCGAAUCAAAUCAGAAUCGGCGCUGUCGAGAUGAGGCUUUAAUUAAUUCCAUGCGCGACGAUGUCAAUCGCCUCAGUUCCCAACUCUCCGAUGCCAAUCAGCGUCUCUCCCAUUUACAAUCCUUUCGAACUUCUGUGGCUCGUACUUUGCAUUUGCGGGAUUUGCCCGAAACCGAUCUUCUGCAUCGUCUUCAAGCCUUGUGCUCUGCCCAUCAGGAGUUCACCCUACUAUCCAAGCGAUACGAGACUGCCUCUCCAGUGGGCGAUCAUCCCUGUCCACGUUUCGAUGACCCAGUGCCACCUUCUGCCCACUGUCGCCCGCCCCGUGAAGUCAGUCCUUCGCAUACUUUCCAGCAGCAUAAGAGUCAUCAUCAUAAUCAUCGACAUGGUCACUCCCAUGGACACUCACAUCAGCGUCAGCGCAGCAAAAGCCGGGACAAGCGGCUGCACGACGAGUGCUUCGACUCUGAUGUCCAUAGGUUGCAUCAUGGCUGCAAGGAUGAGCUCUUAACUAAUAAUUCUGGCGGCAGUUGCGACGAUGAUUAUGACUUUAAGGGCAAAUAUUGUUAGUUAAGGUUCCAUAUCAUUUUUUCUA